AUGGCCAUCCGCAUCAACCAUGCACAGUUUCCGAGGGAUGUCCAAGUCAUUCGUGAGCUGUUCUCGGGCUACGCGGCAUCACUUGGGAUCGAUCUGACAUUCCAAUCCUUUGAAGAGGAGCUCGACGCAAUUCCCGGCAAAUACGCCACCACUGAAGGAGGCGCACUUCUCAUCGCAUUUACCUCGAUUGUAUCGAAUUUCCAUGACGGCGCUACUUCCAAUGAUAUCGAAUCAGGCGUGUCCGCAGUGGCCAUUGGGUGCGUCGCGCUUCGUCGUAGCUCGGACGGUUGGUGUGAAAUGAAGCGACUUUAUGUUCUCCCCAAAGCACGCGGUCUUCGACUUGGUGAUAAGCUAGUGGAAGCUAUCAUCGAUCAAGCGAAAGCCCUGGGAUACCGAGGAAUUCGCCUAGACACAUUGCCCGAUAUGCUCACAGCGCGGCGGUUGUAUCAGAAACAUGGAUUCGUCGAGACAACCCCUUACUACGAUACACCUGUGGAGAACACUAUAUUCCUGGAAUGUGAUUUUACGAGGGAGUUGUAA